AUGUCGCAUUUGUCAAUGCUACAAGAAGCAACGUGUAACUCCAGCUCCUCUACGACCCCGUCAACCCGACAAACCUUGGGAUACUAUAGCACUCGACUUGAUGGGACCUUAUCCGCGUACCUCCAGAGGGAAGAAAUUCAUUUUAGCUCAUCAACCACCGCUAUCAUCGUGCGCCUACUGGAACAGGAAGUCCUACAUCGUUUCGGUUAUCCUCGGGCAAUUCUUUCCGACAACGGGUCCCAGUUUACAAGUCAAGGAUGGAAGGCUGCUUGUAUAAAAUGGAAAGUGCGACAUUGGACCACCUCCGUGUAUCAUCCGAGAGCAAACCCAACUGAACGUCGCAACCAGGAGAUUAAGACUGGCCUUCGCAUGUAUUUGGAAUCAGGAGAGCAUCGUAAUUGGGACACCCAUUUGUCGAAAAUACUUUUCGACCAACGUGGCCGGCAAAACGCUGCAACUGUCACUACUCCCUAUUACGCCCUCUUUGGACGGCCUCUCCUACGACCGGGCGAAUGUGAAAACGUUCCAGCAGAUGAAAAUGUAAUAGAACCACCUCCGUUUCGGGAACCAGUCGACGACAUCCGAAGACAUCAGCGGGAAUACAAACAGCAACGAGCCGUGCCUGAACCUGAAGUACAUCGGUACAGACCCCACCAACUGGUCUACAGCAGAGAGCAUCCCCUAUCCAGUACCGAGCAGCAUUUCCAUGCUGGAUUUGCCCCACGAUGGUCCGGUCCACAUACAGUUCACAGCUACGUGGGAGGAAAUACAUACUGGAUCGAAAAGAAUAACCGGUUGGUAAAGCUCCACCACGAUCAACUUCGGCCAGUUCCGAAUACAGGAGACUAA